UCCCCGCGCUGGGGCGGGCGGCCGCGAGCCGGCGAGCGGGCAGAGCUCGGCGCUGCGCGGGGGCGCACGGCUAGAGGGACCCAGGCCCAGCUACCUUCCGUCCGCCCCCGGGCUCUGUUCUCACUUUCCAGUAGUGGAAGGACGGGAAGCGGGAGCCAUGCAGUCGGAAUCGGGGAUCGUGCCGGAUUUCGAAGUCGGGGAGGAGUUUCAUGAAGAGCCCAAAACCUAUUACGAACUCAAAAGUCAACCGCUGAAGAGCAGCAGUUCCGCGGAGCAUCCUGGGGCCUCCAAGCCUCCGAUAAGCUCCUCCAGUAUGACAUCACGCAUCUUGCUACGCCAGCAACUCAUGCGUGAGCAGAUGCAGGAGCAGGAGCGCAGGGAGCAGCAGCAGAAGCUGCAGGCGGCCCAAUUCAUGCAACAGAGAGUGCCCGUGAGUCAGACACCAGCCAUAAACGUCAGUGUGCCCACCACCCUUCCCUCUGCCACCCAGGUGCCGAUGGAAGUCCUUAAGGUGCAGACCCACCUCGAAAACCCCACCAAGUACCACAUACAGCAAGCCCAACGGCAGCAGGUAAAGCAGUACCUUUCUACCACUUUAGCAAAUAAACAUGCCAACCAAGUCCUGAGCUUGCCAUGUCCAAACCAGCCUGGCGAUCAUGUCAUGCCACCGGUGCCGGGGAGCAGCGCACCCAACAGCCCCAUGGCUAUGCUUACGCUUAACUCCAACUGUGAAAAAGAGGGAUUUUAUAAGUUUGAAGAACAAAACAGGGCGGAGAGCGAGUGCCCAGGCAUGAACACACAUUCACGAGCGUCUUGUAUGCAGAUGGAUGAUGUAAUCGAUGACAUCAUUAGCCUAGAAUCAAGUUAUAAUGAGGAAAUCUUGGGCUUGAUGGAUCCUGCUUUGCAAAUGGCGAAUACGUUGCCUGUCUCGGGAAACUUGAUUGAUCUUUAUGGAAACCAAGGUCUGCCCCCACCAGGCCUCACCAUCAGCAACUCCUGUCCAGCCAACCUUCCCAACAUAAAAAGGGAGCUCACAGCGUGUAUUUUUCCCACAGAGUCUGAAGCAAGAGCACUGGCCAAAGAGAGGCAGAAAAAGGACAAUCACAACCUGAUUGAACGAAGAAGAAGAUUUAACAUAAAUGACCGCAUUAAAGAACUAGGUACUUUGAUUCCCAAGUCAAAUGAUCCAGACAUGCGCUGGAACAAGGGAACCAUCUUAAAAGCAUCUGUGGACUAUAUCCGAAAGUUGCAACGAGAACAGCAACGCGCCAAAGAACUUGAAAACCGACAGAAGAAACUGGAGCACGCCAACCGGCAUUUGUUGCUCAGAAUACAGGAACUUGAAAUGCAGGCUCGAGCUCAUGGACUUUCCCUUAUUCCAUCCACGGGUCUCUGCUCUCCAGAUUUGGUGAAUCGGAUCAUCAAGCAAGAACCCAUUCUUGAGAACUGCAGCCAAGACCUCCUUCAGCAUCACGCAGACCUAACUUGUACAACAACUCUCGAUCUCACGGAUGGCACCAUCACCUUCAACAACAACCUCGGAACUGGGACCGAGGCCAGCCAAGCCUAUAGUGUCCCCACGAAAAUGGGAUCCAAACUGGAAGACAUCCUGAUGGAUGACACUCUUUCUCCCGUUGGUGUCACUGAUCCACUCCUUUCCUCAGUGUCCCCCGGAGCCUCCAAAACAAGCAGCCGGAGGAGCAGUAUGAGCAUGGAAGAGACGGAGCAUGCUUGUUAGCGAAUCCUCACUGCACUGCAUUCACACGAACUGCUUCCUUUCUUGAUUCGUAGAUUUAAUAACUUACCUGAAGGGGUUUUCUUGAUAAUUUUCCUUUAAUAUGAAAAUUUUUUUCAUGCUUUAUCAAUAGCCCAGGACAUAUUUUAUUUUUAGAAUUUUGUGAAACAGACUUGUAUAUUCUAUUUUACAACUACAAAUGCCUCCAAAGUAUUGUACAAAUAAGUGUGCAGUAUCUGUGAACUGAAUUCACCACAGACUUUAGCUUUCUGAGCAAGAGGAUUUUGCGUCAGAGAAAUGUCUGUCCAUUUUUAUUCAGGGGAAACUUGAUUUGAGAUUUUUAUGCCUGUGACUUCCUUAGAAAUUAAAUGUAAAGUUUAAUUGAAAGAAUGUAAAGCAACCAAAAAGAAAAAAAAAAGAGGAAAAGAAAUCCAUACUAACCCUUUUCCAUUUUAUAAAUGUAUUGAUUCAUUGGUACUGCCUUAAAGAUACAGUACCCCUCUAGCUUUGUUUAGUCUUUAUACUGCAAACUAUUUAAAGAAAUACUGUAUUCUGUAAAAGACAAAAAAAAAAAAAAAUGCAGUCUUUUCAUGAAGAUUGUCUGGUUAGAAAACAUAACUGAUACCAACUGAAACUGAAGGGAGUUAGACCAAGGCUCUGAAAUUUAAAGUCUAAUCUUGCUCUCUUUUAUUCUGUGCUGUUACAGUUUUCUUCAUCAAUGAGUGUGAUUCAGUUUUUCAUAAGAUAUAUUUUAUUUUGAAAUGGAAAUUAAUGUCCUCUCAAAGUAAAAUAUUGAGGAGCACUGAAAGUAUGUUUUACUCUUUUUUUUUUUUUUUUUUUUCAUUUUUGCUUUUGAUAAGAAAACCAAACUGGGCAUAUUUCUAAUUGGCUUUACUAUUUUUAUUUUUAAAUUAUGUUUUACUGUUCAUUUGAUUUGUACAGAUUCUUUAUUAUCAUUGUUCUUUUCAAUAUGUUUGUAUUAAUUUGUAAGAAUAUGCAUCUUAAAAUGGCAAGUUUUCAAUAUUUUUACAACUCACUGGUGGUUUUCCGCAUUCUUUAUACACCCAUGAAAGAAAACUUUUAUGCAAGGUCUUGCGUUUAAAAGACAGCUUUGCGAAUAUUUUGUAAAUAACAGUCUCACUCAGAACUGUUUUUGGACACAUUUAAGGUGUAGUAUUAAUAGGUUAAAACCAGGCUUUCUAGAAAGAAUAAACUUGCAUAUUUAUUUUUAGGAUAUGAAAAUAGCAAUAUUCUUGGAGACCGAUAACCAUAGUGUUAAUACGCCCAUUCUGGUCAUUUAAAUUGGGGUUUAUUUCAGCAAACUUGCUGAAUUUAUUUUUGAGAAAGAAAUACUGUAUUGGCAAAUUACUGUUACUUGAUAACAAUGUUUUAACAAGGAGCAAUGUUGUAAAGUUAGUUUCAGUGCAUUAUCUACUUGUGUAGUCCUAUGCAAUAACAGUAGUGUUACAUGUAUCAAGCCUAGAUGUUUUAUACAGAUGCCAUAUAGUGUUAUGAGCCAGGCUGUUGAAUGGAAUUUCUCAGUAGCAGCCUACAAUUGAAUAGCAAGUGGCAUAAAGCAUAUCCAUUCAGAAUGAAGUGCCUUAAAUAUAGCAGUAGUCUUUUUUGGACUAGCACUGACUGAACUGUAAUGUAGGGGAAAGUUUCAUGAUGGUAUCUAUAGUCAAGAGGAACAUGUAGCAUGGUGCCUAUGUAGACAAUAUAAGAGCUUCCAAUUUUCCUUCAGAUAUUUUUAAUAUUAAAUAUAUUUUAGUGACAGAGUGCCAACUUCUUUCAUCAGGAAACCUUAUUCAGGAGGGUUUUUAAAAAGUGUUUAAAUGUCAAAUGUGAACUGGUGAUGGGUGAUGGAGGGUUCAGAGAGGAGUGAUUGUCAGAUGUGUGAAUGGAUGGUUUAGGUGAAAAUAAUCAACUGCAUAGUUCCCGCGCACGCUGGGCAAUGAGAAUCCUUGGAAACAUUGGUGAUGCUAUCAGUUUUAUAGCUUUAUUACUUAAGGGGGUAGGGAAAAUUAGUUCCCAUUCUUUCAACCCCCUUAACUGUAUAGCUGUUUUCCUAGAAUAGUGAUGCAAAUCUGCAUGAACAACUAAUUGUACCAUAGUGUUCAUUGAUACAAUCAUAGCAUUGUCUAUUUUUCUCUUCAUAUUUAUAUGGGGGGGAGGGCACUGGAUGCAAAAGUUGAAGAUCAUGAUGCUAUGAUGUUAGUUUUCCUUAGCUGAUUUUGAGGGUUUUUAAAAAUAAAGCAAGAUUGACUAACCUACGGCCAAGGGAACAGGACCAUGGUUAAGCAACCAUAUAGAAAGCUUUGUUGAAAGAAAGUAUGGCAUCUUGUACCACUGCCCUGACUGUUGCAACUCCUAACCUUGCCAUUGCCUGCCUCCCCGUCCCCUUCUCCUUAAGAGACAAUUUCUGCAGGUGGCAGGUGAGCAAACCCAGGAGAAUGCUGCAAUCUUGGGGGUGGUUUUAUUUAUUUAUUUUUUGCCAAAUAGAGUGUGGAUUCGUUUUAGGGGCUAGUUAAGCCAAGAGGCAGUGGUUUGGGCUUGUUGUUUGUAACAAGAAAAUGAUCCACACCACUCCCCCCAUUCCCGGGUGCAGAAUUGUGACUCGGGGUUGGGCCUCUGUAUGGAGUGACCAAAAUGCCAAAAUUGUCUGUCUGCCUUUGAGUAGGGCAAUGGAAAUACCAAACCUUCUGACUUUGCCAAAAAGCAUACAAGCAACCUGGUCAUACAUAGGAUGACAAAAUUCUUUCUGGUUGUUUUUAAACAAUAAAGCAAUAAGAACAAAUACAAUACAUAGGAAGUUAAAAGCACAAAGGAAUGAACUUAUUAAUAUUUUUGAAAAAUGCACUGGGAAAAAGUUGAUGUCAAUAACAGUAUAAAACAGCCCUAUUUCUUGAUAAAAAUGACAAAUGACUGUCUCUUGCGGAUGCUUGGUACUGUAAUGUUAAUAAUAGUCACCUGCUGUUGGAUGCAGCAAUAAUUUCUGUAUGGUCCAUAGCACUGUAUAUUAUGGAUCAAUAUUAAUGUAUCCAAUGAAAUAAUCGACUUGUUCUUGAUAGCCUCAUUAAAGCAUUUGGUUUUUCACAUA